GAUGAGGAACACCAGCAAAAUGUGGCGGCGGCAGCAGUGGCCAGGCCUCGGCCCCAUGCUGAAGAGCGGGGAGACGGGAUGCCGAGGCGCCGGAGGAACAUGGGAAACCGGAUGAUGGCCCAGAGGAGAGCGCAGCAGGCAGAAGACUGGAUGGAAGAGGAAGAUGAUGCUGAGGAGGUGCCAGAAUUUCAGGUGUCUGGGAAAAUCGGGGCAAAGAAGCAGAGGAAAUUAGAAGAGAAACAAGCCAGAAAAGCACAGAGAGAGGCUGAAGAAGCAGAGCGAGAAGAACGGAAAAAACUUGAGUCAAAAAGAGAGGAGGAAAGGCGGAAAGAAGAGGAGAGAAUACGUCUUGAGGAAGAACGACAGGAAGAGGAAAAAAGGAAGGCAAAGGAAGAAGAGGAGAAGAGAGAGUAUGAAGAGUACCUGAAGCUGAAGGAGAGUUUUGUAGUUGAAGAGGAAGGCGUUGAAGAAUCAAUGACAGAGGAAGAGUCUCGCAGCUUUCUCAUGGAAUUUCUCGAAUACGUUAAGAAAACAAAGGUAAUCCAGCUGGAGGACUUGGCUUCACAUUUGGGUUUAAGAACACAGGAUGCAAUUAACAGAAUCCAGGACCUGAUGGCAGAUGGCACUCUAACAGGUGUGAUUGAUGACAGAGGAAAGUUCAUCUACAUCACUCCAGAGGAGAUGGCUGCCGUGGCUCAGUAUAUCAAACAGAGAGGACGGGUUUCCAUCGCAGAGCUGGCCCAAGCAAGCAAUUCCCUGAUCAACCUCCAGCCUGACAGCCGAGCUGUUGCUCCGACUGUGGCGUGAAAUUGUGGCGUGAGAAAAAUACAGCAGGGGUUUAACCUUUUAAUGAAUAAGCCACAUAAUUAGAAACAAACAAGAACCCCUGUAGUCCAUUCACGGUGCUUGAAGAUAGGAUGCUCUUUUUAAGCAUCAGCUGCAAAGACUUGAUCAAAAGUUUUGCUUUUCGUUCUGUUAGAGCUGGUAUAAAAUAGGACAGUUGUUUGUACAACAGAGGCUAGCCAGGAACUUGGGGCUAAAACACUCUGAUGCACCUGUACCCCGGGAAUAUCAGUAAUUUAUACAUGGUUACUUUCUCUUGGCAGUCGGUCUCAUGUGACUAUGCCCAUACUUUUUAUUGUUUCCAGAUUCUGAUGUCUGUAUCGAAUAUAUUUGGGUUUGAUUGCAUUCAGAAUUCUCCAGGCUCGCUCUAUGCUUACGGAGCUGUAUAACUUUGUGGCAAUGACGUAUACAGCCCAGAAUAACAGGCGUGUAGGGGUGAGGCUUGCAGAGUUUGUCUUCUGUACCAACAUUGGAAGGAUAGAGUAAAGCGAAAAUACUGCAAGUGUGUCUCUGUUCUUACUGAAAUAUAUACUGAAACUCUAGAAAGAGUGCUUGCUAAGUUGUGAGAACUUCCUGAGGUUACUUCAGAAAACCUUUGCUAUAUAAACAUGUUUUGCUCCGUUUAUAUAAUGUAAAAAGCUCGCUCGCGGCCAAGCUGCGUUAUUUUUCUGUAGCCAAGAGACGGAAACACCUCCAGGGAAAGGCUAACUCGCCUCAUCUAUUGUGCAGGCCAAUUCUACUGAUACGAACCAGAUUCUGAUGAUUCAUCCUUUGAAGUAAGAGCCAGCUCAGUGUGUCUGAAGGCCUCAGACACCUCCGCCCCAUGGCCUUUGUGUUCUGGAUGUUUGGGGGUUUUUAAAUCAAAAAUUCAGGCACUGUGAGUCAUGCAAUUAAUGUUACAAGUAAAUGAUUAUUAAUGUAGUAAUUGUAGGGGUCAGUAUAUUUCCUGCAUACAAAUAUUUUUUUAAUAGCCUAAUUGAUGCUUUGUUAAUUCUGCUUUCUGAAAUCAACAGAAUCUAUGUGGAUAUGCAGUAAUUGGGGAGGGCAAGAAGGGCUGGUUUUGUCUCUGCCAAACUCACGGAUAACUUGAGUAGACUAAAAGCUGCGUUAUCAGUGAGAUGAGAGAGCAAUAAAACAACGGAAGGAAGCAUAUUUGCUUUUUAAUCUCUGCACUACUGCUGAACGUGACGCUCUGCAGGAGUGCUGAGUUACAGUGCAGCACCACAGGUUGAUGUGAAGGAUCGGUACGUCGUUACUGGGUUGCACAACCAUAACCAGCAAAAAGAUUACUUGAGAUUUGAGGCUCGUAAAGUCUCUUAAUUAUUCAAAAUUUGAUUUUGCCAUGAUUGUUUUUGUUCUGUCUUAAACUAUGCUUGUAAUAAAAUAAACAAUACUGAAAGAAUUGCA